UUCGUGCUAUAACUCUACUGGCACAUUUGCUUCCAGUAUCAAAUGCUAUGAGAAAAGGAAAACGAAAAAGAAAAGGAACUAGCAAGGAAAACUUAUCAAAAGGAAAGGACAUUGAUAACUUUGGACAACAUGAUGAAAUUUAUCCUCCCAUUUUUCCAAAUUCUUCUUUAUUACAGAUAUGGCCUGAAGGAACAAACAUAGAGGCACAAGCUCUUAAGCUAAGGAAUGAAUCUAAUAAUCCAAUUCAGCCCUAUAUUAUUCUAAUAAAGGGACCAUCUGCAGCACAGUAUUUUAUUCAAGCUGGCAAUCAAACUUUAACUUUGGACAAUAAAACUUUGAACUCGCCUAUCAUGGCACUCGAUUUAUUGGUCAAAACAUAUUAUGUUUUUGACGUUAAGUAUCCAGAAACACUAAUAUAUUUUUUUGAUUUCUUAGAAAACUAUUGUUUUAAAAUAUCGGGUAAAGUACAACAUGCUUUGGUGUCUUCUAUUCAUAUUAAUAUUUCUAAUAUUACACUGGAUAAUAUUGCAUAAUAUCUAUAUCUGAUUCAUAUCAUUCAAUGCGCGUUUUAUAUUUUUGGCUACUAUCUUGAAUAAA